AUGUGUGGAUAUUAUGAUCCUGUAAGGAUUGCUCACAGUCAUAAUAUACCUAUUCUCUGGUAUAUUCAUAUUGGAUAUGGUGCUUCGACGAUUCAUUCAAAUGAUUAUUCGAAUCUCAGUCAAAUUUUACAAAUAUCUGAAUCCGAUCGAAUUCGUUUGCCGAAACGCUUUGUUGAUAACGAAGAGGAGAAUGUUGGUGAAGAAUCAGUGGAAUAUUCUGAAUUUCUUCCGAUCUCAUCAUCAAGUGUUCUGGAACAAAUCGAUUCGACCGAUUGGCUUGUAUUAAGAGCUAAUGAUGGCAUAUCUAAGCCCCAUGAGGUACGCGGUGGACCAGUCGAUGCACUCAUUGCAUAUGCUACUCAACCAAAUGGCUCUCUACUUUAUCAAGAGGCUUUCCUUACUACUUAUCGCACUUUUAUUUCAUCCACUGAACUAAUUGAUAAAUUAAUUCGAAGAUAUAUUUAUAUGAGUUUAUCAGAUGCUCAAUCAUUUGUAAAAGUUGCACGGCAAUCAUUUUCGAUGUUAGUACGAGUAGUUGAUGAGCUUUGCGCUGUUGAAAUUAUUCGAGAACUUGUUCGUACUAUAACCAAAUUUAUUAAUCGUCUUAUUGGUGAUGGAAAUUAUACAUUCGCUAAACUUUUAAGAAUGCCAUCAUUAUUUGAAUUUCGUUCAAGCGCUAUUGCAAAGCAAAUGACUUAUUUGGAUGCCGAAUUAUUUCAAAAAAUCGAGCCAGCUGAGAUGUUAUGGUGGUCCAUGGAACAAAACGAGAAGAAAAGCCCAAAUUUAUGCUCAUUCACAGAACACUUCAAUAAGCAAUUGAGAACAAUGGGAAAUUACAAUUCUUAUCUUGCAAUACUAUCUGCGCUCGAUUCUGGACCAAUUAGACGUCUGGACUGGUCGAAAAAUGCUUUGGACAUGCUUAAAGAUCAUUCAAGUAUUAUGGAUAGUUCACAUUCAUUCAAAAAUUACCGCACAUUAUUAUCCGAAAGUUUACCACCAUGUCUUCCAUAUAUAGGACUUGUUUUGCAAGAUUUAACAUUUGUACAUAUUGGUAAUACUAAUUACUUGGCACCAGAAAAUUGUAAUUAUUGCAAAAAUCUAAUAAAUUUCGGCAAACGAUGGCAGCAAUUCGCUAUUUUGGAUAGCAUAAGGCGUUUCAAAAGCUGGAAUUAUUCAAUCGAGAAGGAUGAUAAGAUCUUGUAUUUCUUUCAAGAUUUCAAAAAUUAUCUUUCCGAGGACGACAUCUGGGAAUUGUCAGAGACAAUUAAGCCAAGAUUACGGAGAAAUAAGUGA